UAAUCGCGGUCGGACCAGUCUGUGACUGCAGAACAGGCACUUUGCCCUUACACUUGCAUGCCGUUAAUUUGACCUAAUCUUUAACUAAAAUUUAUAUUCUGCACCACGGAUAUUACAGCAUCACAAUGUCUCUUGCGGCAGAGGCUUUCGUGUCGCAGAUGGCAGCUGCUGAGCCCUGGCCUGAAUCUGCAACCUUGUACCAACCGCUGAAGGAGGAUCAGAUUCUGCUGUCAGACUGUGCCUCAUCUCUUGCUGUUCAGGCCUACCUCAGGAUGUGUGGUCUACCAGUGCAGGUGGUUUGCAGGGCGAAUGCUGAAUACAUGUCACCUUCUGGUAAGAUUCCCUUCAUCCACGUAGGGAACCAGGUGGUGUCAGAACUCGGGCCGAUAGUGCAGUUCACUAAAGCUAAGGGUAAUUCUCUGAGCGACAGCUUAGAUGAUGUUCAGAGAGCUGAGAUGAAAGCGUACAUGGAGCUGGUCAACAACAUGCUGCUCACUGCUGAGAUGUACAUUCAGUGGUGUGACGACGCUACGGCUGCCGAGAUCUCCCGCCCCAGAUACAGCAGUCCUUACUCGUGGCCUCUCAGUAACAUCCUCGCCUAUCAGAAGCAGUGGGAGGUUCGCAAGAAGAUGAACGCCAUCGGCUGGGGAGGGAAAACCCUGGCGCAGGUUUAUGAGGAUGUGAGUCAGUGCUGCCAGGCUCUCUCCCAGCGGUUGGGAACACAACCAUUCUUCUUUAAUAAACAGCCCACAGAACUGGAUGCGUUGGUGUUUGGUCACCUCUUCACCAUUCUGACCACCAGGCUGACCAGCACUGAGCUGGCAGAGAGGAUCAAGAGCUACAGCAACCUGCUGUCCUUCUGCAGGCGCAUCGAACAGACCUACUUUGAAGACAAGAGUUCUUGAAGGAAAUAAAACCUCUCACCUGUAAUGUUAUUAUUAUUAUUAUUAUUAUUAUAAUGAUCUCGUCCUGUACAUUUGGUCCCUCCUUCUCUCAUUCCCUCUCUGUAGCACUGAGAAGCUAAUAUCUGCUUCUAUUCACACGCCUGUCCCUUUUGUGAUUCUCGCUUUCCUUCUCCUUUUACCUGGUACCUGUACGCCGUUGCAUGCUGCUGAUAGGAGACCAAAUGAGCCAGUUAUGGGUCAACAUGUGUCUACUACAUUUAGAUAAAUAUCACCUUAAAGUACUCUAACACCACAGGAAAGCUCAUUCUUCAGUCACGCACAUGUAGACGAUCUAAAAAAGAUAAUUCAACACAGAGAUAGAAAUGAUGACGUUCACAAGAAGAACACACCGUUUGAUCUGCAUAACUCUUUUUGCUGCUGCAGGAAGCCACCAAAUGAGUUUUCACAGAGCCUUUACAUUUCCAGCAUUAUGGAAAUUAAAUAAAAUACUGACAAUGGUAGUGCAAAUCUUUGAAGUCGGGGUUAGCAGAUGAUCGGACAGGGAUUAGACUUAAUUUAUACGCUCUUAUUGUUUGUCAUUGUUUGCUCUGAUGCACAGGAUCCCUAUCCACUCUGACGUGUCAUAAUUCAGACUCCUGUAUACUCAGAGAGAGUUUGAUUUUUACAGCCGUGUGACAUGGCUGCCUUUCACUUGAAUCGGGUUUGAGGUCGAACGGCUCGCUGAUUUUAUUUUUCCAUACAGGAACUUUUAGACGCUUGUAAUAAAUGUGAGGCAGUGUUGCUUUUUUGUUCUGUAAAAAAAAAAAGAA